GACAUAACAGAGCGUCAGAACCAUUGGUUCCAAAUUUCUCGCUGCCUUAUUCUUAUCGUCAUCCUCCGACCAAAGUUCCAUCUUCUGCACAGAGAUGUUGAUGAAGCACUGUUUUGUGUCUCAUAACGCCAAUGAUCUCUGUUUCUCUUUCUCCAACUCCAAAUUCAAUCUUGCAAGCUGCCCAAAGAAGCCACCUCGUCUCACCUGCGUUGUCAAUGUUGGAUUCCAAGAUAUCGCUGAGGUCAUCCACAACAAGGUACUCAUAGCUGCUGGGACUUCUGCUGUGAUUGGGCAGCUCUCAAAGCCAUUCACUUCUGUCGUUUUGUAUGGGAAAAAUCUGGACUUUAGAAGUGUCUUUCAAGCUGGAGGUUUCCCUUCAACACAUUCUUCUUCUGUUGUGGCUGCAGCAACUGCUAUUGCUUUUGAAAGGGGAUUUGCUGACUCCAUUUUUGGUCUAACUGUGGUUUAUGCUGGCCUUAUCAUGUAUGAUGCCCAGGGGGUGAGGAGAGAAGUUGGAAAACAUGCCAAAGUGUUGAACAAACUAACAGCUAAUGCUCGUAGAAGUGAAGUAAUGAGUUUAAAGGGCAACGAAUCUAACAAAGCUUUGACAUCAGAAGAGAUCAGUGAGGAGAUUGCUCCUCCAUUGAAAGAAUCAAUAGGACACACUGAAGUUGAAGUCAUAGCAGGGGCUUUGUUCGGUUUCUUAGUUACCCUCAGUGUUUAUUCCCUGAUGUAAAAAAGCUCCCAACUUUAUAAAAACUAUAUAUUUUUUGUGUUGAUAAGAAAGAAAGAGAAUUU